AUGACUCUACCCGCUCGAGACAGAUGUUCCCUUUGCGACUGCUCAAUGGGUCAGUUUUCAGAACCCACUGCAGAUAACCCUAUUGCUCCAGGCAGUGCGAUAUGCUGCUUCUAUUGCGGUCAUACAUAUUGGCAGCACAACACAACACAACCCGCUUCCUUUCUUGCACCUCAAGGACUCUUCAACAACAAUGCAGGGCCAAGCUCCUUUACUCUUGGCCAGUAUCAAGAUCGUCUGAAGAUUGCCUCUCCGUCAAAUCUUAUCGGAACCUACAAAACUCCACAGCCAGACUACGACGGCCCUCGAAUGCGGAGGCAACGGAGUAUGGUGAAGCACGCACUGCCAGAAAAAUCCGCGACCCCAACUGGCAAGAAGGGCCGAGCAACCCUGAAAGCCAACUCGAGCUCGAACUCUCCAAUCAGUUUCAAGAUCUUCAUUCUUCCCUUGACUCUGUCUGGCCCAAACAACUCCCUCAAAUCAUUUUCUUUGCCCAACGAUAAUCAGGCUUUGUUUCUGGCCCUCGAACGACUCGAAAAGCACCACCUAGUUGUUUCAUGGACGCCACCCACCAAACAGGAAAUAUGGGCUUCGUUGCACGAAUCGAUAGCCUCUGAAUUAAGUCGUUAUGCUAUCCGUUUCGACUCGGCGGACGUUUCCUCUUUUGUCGAGCUUCCGUGGACGUUCCUUCAUACUCGCUCCAACGCUAAGACCCAAUUGUUCAACUAUCAAAUCGCGUUGUACGACUUCAACUCAGUGGUGCUGCAAAAAUUGUCCAAAUCGGUCCGUCAUCCUACCGACCAAGAUACGCAUAUGCUGUUCAUUGCUCCUCUCUGGAAAAAUCUUCUUGGGCCUGUUGUCGAUGCUAGCAUUAAUGGGAAUGCUCAUGCAUGCCGGUCUUUUGCAUGGAAAGUCCUUUCCGCGACACCUUGGAUCCCUAGCAAACUCGUGGGACCGUCUUGUCAGGAACUACACUGCCAGGUUUCAACAACUCAGAUGCAUCUGACUCCAAUAUCAGGCACCUCCCCCGACGUUCGGGCGUCGCGCGGGCAGUUUGAGGAGUUGAGGACCCCUCCAAGACACGAAUCACGAAGUGAAACUGAUUACACCCCAACCAUUUCUCAAACCCGAAAUCCUGCACCUCUUUUGUCCUGGCAGCCUCAAAGUACUGCCUCUUCGUCAACGGUGCCCUGGCGUUCGUCUUCGAUGACAUCUACUUUCGCCCUCAACACGGACGAAUAUAGCCGCAAUAGUCCAAAUGGGUCCGAUAAUACCAUCACAACGCCGCAUUCAACACCAGUCCGUCUGUAUCCCAAUACGCAAGCACCAGCGUUUUUCCCCCAAAAUCCUCCAGUCUUCAAGGCUCUCUCUUCGCCAGUCAAUACUUCCUCCAACUCCAAAGAGACAAAAUGCAGUGUCUGGACUCCCCUCUGUUUUGAGACAAGCCAUGCUAUCGUUGCCCAAUGGAUAGAGGAGAAUUCGCUGCCUUCAACGGCCAACGAUCGCGCAGUCGGCACUGUUCUGGCUGGGCACCAUGCCAAAUCCACCGCCAUUACUUUGAUCCGCCUUUUGAAGCACCAUUCACACUAUCUUCCAGCCGAAGAAGUCUUUACUCCUCUUCCAGGGGUCUCCUGUCUCAAAACUGAUUCCAUUAGUUGGCUAAUGGAAAAGGAUCACGAUAUUCUUUUGUAG